AUGGAUACCCCAGUAGCUUCAGGUAUGAAGCUUAGUCCUGAUAUGGGUCCUAAAACUGAGAUGGCCAAAAGGAAAAUGGAAAGAGUUCCAUAUGUUAGUGCAGUCAAAAGUUUGAUGUAUGCAAUGAUAUGUACAAGACCAGAUAUCUGUUAUGUCGUAGGACUUGUGAGUCGCUACCAAUCUAACCCCAGAGAAGGACAUUGGAAAGCUGUAAAGAGGAUCUUAAGAUACUUAAAGGGCACUGUUGAUUAUGCACUAUGUUAUCAAGGGAGUGAUCUACGUCUGACAGGAUACUCCGAUGCCGAUUUAGGCAGAGAUGAAGAUGAACGAAGAUCAACUUCAAGCUACACUUUCUUGCUAAACAAUGGGGCCAUUUGUUGGAGUAGCAAGAAGCAGACAUGCAUUGCCCUACACUCUAUGGAAGCUAAGUUUGUAGCAUGUACUGCAGUAGUGCAAGAGGCUAUGUGGCUUAAGAGAUUUAUAGAACAUCUUGGGUUUGGAAAUGAAAGUAUAAAUCUAGUGUUAAUUCAUUGUGACAAUACUGCAGCCAUAACCUAUACCAAAGAUCCUAAAUAUCAUAGCAAAACCAAACACGUAGACAUUAAGUACAAUUUUGUAAGAGAUUAUAUAGCGCAAAAGGUUAUCACUGUUCAAUACAUUUCCAUGAAAUGUAUGAUAGCAGAUCCCCUAACAAAACCCAUAGCCAAGGAGAUAUUUGAGAAACAUGUAAGGGCUCUUGGCAUGGCUAGAUUGACUUGA